GUUCAAUACAAGAAAUGAACCCUUUCAUACGAAGGAACCUUACUACACGCUUUUGUGAUACGAAGUGCUAAAAAUGGUUAACUAUUGACUUCUUAAAAAUCUUCCUUGCCGUCUUUGCUACCCCAAGUACCGUAUCCCUUCUGUAAAAAAAUUCAGUCUUUUCCCUCCCUUUUAUGAAUCUUGAAUUCAAUCUUCUGUGAGUUUUUAUUGAUUGGGUUGAUCUGGAUUGUGGAAUUUCUGUUGAUUUAAGUUAAAGAUUGGAUUUUUUUUCAGUUUCUUGAUUCAACCCCCAAAUGGUCUGUUGUGAAAGCUCAAUACUGCCAGUUGACCAAGAAAUAACAGUGGCCAAAUCCCAGCAAUUGGGGAAAAUCAAUCAAACGCAAAAGAAAAAGAACAUGCCCAAUUCCAAGAAUCAUUCUUGUCAGCAAUCUCGUUAUGCUUUGAUUGAUGUAAUGAUUUUGAUUGCUGUAAUUGGUGCUUGUGGGGUUCUGUUGUAUCCUUCUGUUAAUCUUUUGGUGAAUGAAAUAUCUGAAUUUCUCAGAUUAAUCAGUUCUGAGGUGAAAGAGGAGAUUUUUGAAGCUCCAGUUUUAUACAUCUGUUUAGGACUUAGUAUUUUAUUUGCUGGAAUAGCUCUUUGUGCAGUUGCAGUAUGUACUGGCAGGAGAUGUGGGAAACCAGGUUGUCGGGGGCUUAAGAAGGCUGCUGAAUUUGAUAUUCAAUUAGAGACAGAAGAUUGUGUUAAGAACUCAAAUCCUACACCAAAAGAUGGAGUCAAUAAGAAGGGAUUAUUCGAGUUGCCUCGCGAUCAUCAUAAAGAAUUGGAAGCUGAGCUUAAAAGGAUGGCACCUCCUAAUGGGAGAGCUGUUCUGAUAUUUCGAGGGAGAUGUGGAUGCUCUGUAGGUACAAUGGAAGUGCCUGGACCCAAAAAGACCCGAAAGAUUAAGAAAUAGGAGUAAUGUUGUUAUCUGUAAAAACAUAUUUUAUACUGAAGUAGACAUAAUGAUCAGAUAAUAUAAGAAGAUACUAUUUCCUUCAAUAAAUCAAAUGGAUUAUAUAGAAAAGCUAUUUGUAGUUUGUA